AUGGCGACACAACAACCCCCGCUGCGGUUCACUUCGCACCACAAUCUGGUCUAUCGUUUGGUGCUCUCUACCCUUACCGGCCGUACUGUGCACAUUUCGCAAAUUCGCUCGUCUUCGCCCACAAACCCCGGCCUGCUGCCCCACGAGAUUUCUUUUCUGCGUCUGCUCGAUGCUGUCACGAAUGGCUCCCAAAUGGAAAUCUCUUACACCGGUACAAUUGUGGUUUACAAACCGGGUCUCAUCACAGGCAGCUCAAGCUCGGCGCCCAACGGCGGCAUGAUCACCCAUGAGCUCCCCUCAAACUGCAAUCGGGGCCUCAGCUACUACCUGAUUCCGCUUUGUCUUCUGGCACCCUUCUCCAAAGCGCCCAUUAAGAUUCUUUUUACUGGUUCUGGUGUCAUCACAUCUUCGACCCCCAAUGGCGAUAUGUCCGUCGACAGCGUCCGUACCGCCGUUCUUCCGCUGUACAACCAAUUUGGCAUCUUUAACAACGUGGAAUUGCGAAUCUUGAAGCGGUCAAAUCCCGGCCCGAACGGUCGAGGCGGUGGUGGCGAAGUGCAGUUCACUUUUGGUCACCAAAUUCGUCUGCCGAAGACUCUGCACCUGAUGAAUCCCGGCCGCAUCAAGCGUAUUCGUGGUGUUGCAUACUCCGUGGGCGUGUCAGGCUCGAAUAACGCCCGAAUGAUCGAGGCUGCCCGUGGUAUCUUGAACCCUCUCAGCCCCGACACAUAUGUAUUCUCCGAUAUGUCAUCUGCCCCGCUUGUCCCUGCGCCGGACAAGAACAACCCGAGCGCAAAGAAGAAGAUUGGCCUGGGUUUCGGUCUGUCUUUGGUUGCCGAGUCCUCCACUGGCUGCCUCUAUUCGGCUGAUGUGGCUUCUCCUCCCUCAGGCGGUGAGCCUCCUGAGGAUAUUGGCAAGAACUGUGCUUACCAACUGCUGGAGACCAUCUCCAAGGGUGGCUGUGUUCCCCCCGCAGCCGCUGCCACCAUGUUGACCCUGAUGACCAUGGGUUCUGAAGACGUUGGCCGCCUACAGCUCGGUCGUGAAGUCAUUGCAGACCCCAACGUCAUUCAGCUCGCUCGUGAUCUGGCCAAGUUCGGGGCUUCUGGGUGGGGUAUUCGGGAUGCUGCUAGCGAGAAUGAGGAAGGUGACGUUAUCGUCAGUGUUGUGGGACGUGGUAUUGGCAAUGUCGGUCGCAAGGUCGCUUAA